AGUAAUUUCAAAUAUAAAAUGCUCACCUGCUAGGUUUUGUGCUUUGUCUAAAAGAAAAAAAUCUCUGAGAAAAUAAAUAGUGACCAAGUAUGCAAAGAAAGAGAAACAUGGAGAACAGAGUGAUCUGAGGACAAUGCAGAUGAACUGACACAUCCCAGUGUUUGGAGGAAAAACCUUGUACAAAUGUCAGGAAAUAAUUAGGUGUGGACCUGUGAGAAUCAACAUGUGAAUGGGAGCAAUGGUUGGAACACUCAAUAUAUUCAGCAGAUUUAAGUAGAGAUCCGAUCACUCCUUAGACAUAAGGCAAACUGGAAGUGUUACCUCCAAAACUUAACUCAGACUUGGCUCAGUGAAUUGCUAAAGCCCAGCAAUUGUAGGAGCUCAUCUCAGCAUGGAGGGAAGAGACCAAGCUGGGAGAACCAGGAAUGAAAAAGUUUUGAACUGCAUAUACCAAAAUCCUAAUGCAGUUUUUAAGCUGAUUUGCUUUCCCUGGGCAGGAGGUGGCUCUACUUACUUUGCCAAAUGGGGCCAAAAAAUUGAUAACUCACUGGAAGUGCAUGCUGUACGGCUUGCAGGAAGAGAAAGCAGAUCUGAAGAACCUUUCGCAGAUAACAUGUGCCAGAUAGUGGAUGAAAUUGUCUGUGCUCUGCUGCCCAUCAUCCAGGAUAAGCCAUUUGCAUUUUUUGGCCACAGUAUGGGAUCGUAUAUUGCUUUUAUGACGGCACUACAUUUAAAAGAAAAUCAUAAACUGGAACCAGUUCACUUCUUUGUGUCAAGUGCAACUCCUCCUCAUUCAAAAGAGCGGCUGCCCAUUCCCCCAAAUAAUGAACUGUCUGAAGAACUGCUUAACCACCGGCUCAUGGAAUUCGGAGGGACUCCCCAGGAUUUAAUGGAUGACAAGGAACUUCAGCAACAGUAUGUUCCUAUCCUGUUGGCAGAUGUUCAUAUUCUGCGUAAUUACAUCUUUGAGACACCCUCCAAGGCUGUUAUUUCUUGUGACUUCACUUGCUUUCUUGGAACUGAUGAUAUCGCAAAGGAUAUGGAAGCCUGGAAAGAUGUCACCAGUGGAAGUCUCGAUGUUCAUGUGCUUCCUGGAAACCACUUUUAUCUUAAGGAACUGGACAAUGAGAACUUCAUCAAGAAUUACAUAGCCAAGUGUCUAGAACUAUCAUCACUUGCCAAUUUUUAAAUAUUUUCCUUGUGGUCUUUAACUAGUCAAAGCAUGCAUAUGCCAAGCUUCUCAGUUAUUUAGAUGUUUGCUUAAUAGUUUUAUUCAGAGACUGAAAAUUACCCAUUCUCUGUUCUCAAGGUGAUUUGUUACAUAUACAUCUAUGUCUUCAUGGAGCAUGUAUGUAUGUGGGAAAAAAAGUUAAAGACACAGCACAUCCUCUGGCACAGACCUUUAUCUUUCCAUUAGAUUCUAAUUUGAUUCCCUUCUGUAGGAAGCUUGCAAAAUCAUGCUGAGUAAAUCACCCACUUAUUUGCUUCAAUUAUGUUAAUGGUAGAAGUGAUUAACAAGAGAAAUGCUUGAAAUAAAUGACUGUUCCACCAAA